AUGAAUCUGUUUGAAUCACCAUCUCCUGGUGAGAAACGGGUUGCAUUCCCAGAGAAUGUGACUUCUUCGCACCAGUUGGAGCCUUCUCAGAAAGCGCGACACUCGGACCAUCCCCACAAGACACUCGGACCCUUGCUUACUGUGAAUGUGCAGGCUUCGGGGCCGGCAACCCUUCUUGUCUUCUGGCAUGUUCUGGCCAGGCAUUUGACCCCCAAACGCGAUGGUGUUCACACUACACGGAACGAUGGAACGUGCUUUGCGGACAGGCUUUCUGCAAAUUCCAGCUGGCUUAAGCUCCUAUAG